GGCCAUUCUACAUCAAUUCUAUCAACACUACAUAGCAAUGUCACUAAUCUCAACCACAGACCCUAACUUUGAUCGCAUGGAACGCCGAUUGAACCAAGUGUUUGAUCACUUCUUCACUGAUCUUGGAUUGACUCGCCGGGGCGGUGGCCAACAGCAGGACCAGACCCGAAUUUCACCUGCCGUGGACAUCUAUGAGGACGACAAGGCUUGGCAUGUACACACGGAGCUUCCUGGCGUCAAGAAAGAGGACAUCAAACUGGAAACGCAAGGCAACAACGUUGUCAUCUCCGGCGAGUUCAAUCGCAACAAGGAACACAAUGACAAUAACGUGAGAUACCAAGAACGCCGCUAUGGAGCUUUCCAACGCACCAUCCCUCUUCCGGACAAUGUUGAAAAGAACAACAUCAAGGCUAAUUUCAACAAUGGUGUUCUGGAGGUGUGUCUUCCCAAGUCAGUCGAAGCUUCCCCCAAGAAGAUCACUAUUUCGUGAAAUCCCAGUAUGAAAAACAUUCGCUGAAAAAUACAUAUUCCCCCAUGGAACAAAAACAAUUUCUUGCAUGUUCUUUCAUAUGAAUUAUCCCUUUUUUUUUUUUUUUUAUGAAAAAGCAUCAGUAGUUCUUUUGGUUCAUAAUUGAUAUCCAAUCUUUAGUUUGUUCGUAGUACAUGCAAGCCCAAUAAAUUUUGGUAUUUGUCCGUUUUGACCCAAGCGGAGAUGGCGAUUUUGGUAUUUGUGACUUGACUGACUCAGUUUCCAC